UCCCCUAAAGCCAGGGUGUUUCCUCAAGGAUAUGAAGUGUUAUUAAAUCAAGGGAAUAAUUCAUAACUAUUUGUGGAUCAAACUAUACUUUUCUUGAUUUGUUGCGAUGACAUUAUUCGUCAGCUAAUUUUGAGGAGUUUUAGUCAUUGUUUUGUGUGAUCUGCUACAACAUGGCAUUCAGAAACUGGUUGGGCCUCUUCCUCAUGGGAGCCAUCAACAACCUGCCAUAUGUAGUGGUCAAUUCUGCUGCCAGCACCAUAGCAGACAGUUUCAACGAAAAAAACUUGGUUGGCGUUGUGUUCGGGGCCAAUGUAGCUCUGUCUGUUCUCGUCAAAGGCUUGAAUACAUUUGUGCUAUUGAACGUGUCCUAUGCUCUUCGCUAUAUCGUCAAUGGCUGUGUCAUGCUCGUAGGUUUGUUUGGCAUUGCCUAUGCAUUCAACUUUGGAUUUGCCAUCGCGUGCAUUGCUGUGCUGGGUUCUUCAGCUGCUUUUGGAGAAAAUGUGACUCUGGGUUUCCUGUCCUGGUUCCCAAGUUCCCUGGUCAGUGCUUGGUCAAGCGGAACUGGAAUGGCCGGCGUUCUGGGCUCCACACUAUUUAUCAUCUUUGGAUGUGCUGUCGGUCACGGGGAUUCAGAGACAAAAGAACUGAAAAACCUGGACAAGUACGCCUUUCUGCUGACAACCCCUGUGGUACUUGUCUAUUGGCUGGCGUAUUUCGUCAUUAUAAAACGACCCGCCAUCAACGAUGACGUCGAUCGAGAGAUAUCUCCGGGCCCAGAGGGCUCCAGUCAGGAGGUGGUCACCCAUGAACCUACUGAUGACGACAUCGUCGUUGCCAGGAACGCUGAGAUCAUGAACAAUAUUCAAGAAGAUGACCCUUUGUUAGACACGGACGAAAUAGUUAUCCAGAAACACGAGCGGACUUGUGCCAGAAUCCUAAGGUGUACCAGGCUGAUACUGUGGAUGGGAACAAACCUGUGCGCGGUGUAUGUCUUCGAGUACGUUGCCCGCGGAUGUGCUGCCAAAGCCAGGCCAAAAAGCGAAUAUCAUGUGGGAUGCCCUGAACUGUAUGCAGCUCUUCAACUCUGCUACCAGGCUGGUGUGUUCGUCUCCAGAUCUUCAGUACAGCUGGUUCGAAUCCGGCGUGUGGAGAUCCUCAGCCUCUUGCAGCUCAUUAACAUGAUUCUCUGGUUGGUGGAUGUGCACUACAAAUUCCUGCCUGUGGCUGUACUGCCCGCUCUGAUGGUGUACGUGGGUCUACUGGGCGGAGCCUCCUACGUGAACAUCUUCUACUCCCUGCUCCACGAUGACGUCUACCCCAAGGAGGACAGGGAGCUCUGUGUCAACCUAACGGGACUCUUUAUCACACUGGGAAUCGUUCUUGGUACUGGACUGGAGACAGCUAUUUUCACAACACUCCUGAAGUCGGAUUAAUAUGGAGCAGCUAUUUUCACCUCUAUUCUGAAUAUAAGAUUGACAUUGACAUGAAACGAUUCCAGUCGAAUUUGUCUUAGACGGCCACUCAAAAAAGUGGGCGUAUUAGACAGGUGAACGUCUUACUCAGUGUCAUUGUUAUGUUUAAAAAAUAUAUAUAUCAUAAAAAACGGCCAAGAGGAAAUGGGAAGUGGUCGUUUGUUUUGGUGACUGUCUUGUACAGGUGGUCGUUAGAGCAGGCUCGACUGUAUUUCCAUGACUCCGCUCUUUCUGGAUACUGUAGGGAUCGACAGGUCAACUGACGAACUCACGAAGGAUAUUAUAUUCUUAUUCCCAAUUUGAUGUCAUUUUAUAUCCGUGUUAUAAAGCUUUAGUGCAAGUGUUUAGAUAAGUGAGGCUGU